CUCUACCCCGCUGGCUCGCAGCUGAUCAUCUACAACAUCGAGCAAAAAACCCAGCGAUUCGUCACCAUCGCCGAGGGCGACGGCAUCUCCACCAUGGCCAUCACCGGAACGGCUCCCUCCAACCCGGGCAAUUUGACGGCCAACAUGGGCACAAGCCAGAGCACCAAUCUGCCGAUUGUCAUCGCUGUGGCCGUCCGGUCUGAGGAGCGUGGGCCCAGUGUUGUCCUUGUGGAUUUGCAAGCGACCAGACGAAGGAAGAUCCUGAGCCCCGGUGACGGAACCCAGUCCAAGGAGUUCAUUUCGAUCGCAUUCUCUCACGACGGCAAGAACAUAAUCGGACAGAGCGGCGCGCCAGACUGGAAUCUGUACUAUUGGGGAUAUGAAAAGCCCAAGCUCUAUGCCACCAUUCGCUCCACCAGCAACGCCAACGCAGAGAUUCAUCAAAUGUCCUGCAAUCCUUACGACUCGGGCGCCACUCAAGUGUGCGUCACUGGCAACGGCAUAUUCAGGAUCUUUCGAUACAGCGAAGGCAACUUUAAACUCCUCAGCCAACAAAAGUCCGACAAGAACUUGCUGUGCCAUACGUGGGUGUCCGACACACGGGUGGUGGCCGGAACAGAAGAUUCCAAGCUGCUCGUCUACGACUCGGGCGACCUCAUCCUCGAAAUCUCCUAUACCCCGCCCCUCUCGACUAUUUCUAUCCCGACAACGCCUUCGGAGUUUCCAGACACGCCCUCGAGGCGCCUGUCGACGUCGAUCCUGACGGUGAUUGCGUUUUCCGGCGGCCUCAUUGCUGGCACCAGCUUUGGCAUGUGCGUGCUCUUUGAAAAGACCGAGGACAAUUUUCUCUUCAAGAAGGUCAAGGAGUUCAUGCUCGAGGAGGCUGCCGUUCGCUCCAUCUCCCUCAGCCCCACCGACGAUACUGCCGUGUGCACGCUGAUCAAUAGCCAGAUCUAUCUGGUGACCCUGGAUUCUGAUUCGAGCAAGGGCGAGGAAAUCAAGUGUGAUCGUCUGUGCCAACCGUUCCAUCACAAGCAAAUCGUCGGCAUGGACACGUGUGCCAGAAAGCCUUUGAUCGCAACAUGUGGCCAAGACAAGUCCGUGCGCAUUUGGAACUAUGCCGACAACUCGAUUGAGGUUGUCAGGUUCUUUGAAGACGAGCCACAGAGUAUUGCUCUCCAUCCCUCAGGUCUUUACGUGCUUGUUGGAUUCAGCGAUUCGCUCAAGCUGAUGAAUGUGCUGAUCGACGAUGUGCGCCCUUACUGGGAACUCAACAUCCGUGGCUGUCGGGAGUGUCGUUUUAGUAACGGUGGACAUUACUUUGCGUCGGUCUACGGCUCCACCAUCGGCAUACACAGCACAUGGUCAUUCGACACCGUCACCACUCUUAAGGGUCACCAGGGCAAAGUCAAGAGCAUCAUGUGGAACCAAGACGACAGCCAUCUUGUGUCGUGCGGCAUCGACGGCUCAGUUUUUGACUGGAACAUCCGCACGGGCCGCCGCGACGGCGAAGUCAAUACCCCAGAUGUGGUCCAUACAUCGGCCUGCUACACCUCAGACUCAAAGCUUAUAUACACUGUUGGAAACGACGGGAUACUGCGGGAAAUCUGUGAGUCUCGGGUGAACCGCGAGUUUCCUAUCAAAGGGAAUAUGAUUCAUCUGUUGAUAUCACGGACAGGAAAGCUCUUCUUUGGAGCAACGGCUCACGGGCGGGUUCGGGCCACAAAGUAUCCCUUUGGGGCAGACCUAUC